UUUGGCUAGGCGCGAUCCUUCAGUCUUCGUGCGUCGGAGCUCCGAUGCACAGGUGCGCGGCCGCUCCGCGUGUCUACCGUUGUUGCCGCACGCAUCGCCGACGCUUGGAGCGGCGUUGUCCUGAGAGAUAACGUUGCGCCGCUCGUGACCGGCGAUACAUAACGACGUGAUAAUCCAAUAUAACGCCUUCAGACUGUCGCAACUCCGCGACAAUAAUACGUUGCCGCUGAUGUCGAAACGAUUAAUUUAUAAUACAAAUGAUUAUGUGAUCGCAUAUGGAAUUUGAUGCUAACAAUAUAAGUGAAUUAUGUACGAUGUGAUAUGCUUUGACAUACCUGCAUGCAUACCUGCUCAAAUAUCUGAUCGACUCGUUUAAGGUCUCGUCGAAAGUAACGCUGACAUGCGUAAACACUCCAACUGGUAGCCGUGGGAUUUUCUGUUGUACAACUCUACUGUUGAGCGAGAAGAGUUGUCCAAGAGAUGAGCGCUUUUGUCGACUGCGUCCGAGACGAGAAAAUGCCGAGUGUUGGAAGUCUUGCGAAAUUAAACAACGUGAGUAGUACCACGCUCAGUGAUAUGGGGGAGGAAGUGAGAGGUGGCAAAUUCAACAAGUCCACGCAAAGCGAUAUCCCGUAUGGAUCGGCGUGGAGGCUUCCUUGCGGUGGACACAGAUCUAGACCGAUGUCCAUGGCGUAUCUGCCGACGAGGCAGGUGCCGAUGAGCGAGUCAAGUUUCUCCACGCACAGUUCCAGAAGUACGCUGUAUCCUGUACAGAGCGAGCUGGUCUUAUCACCUAGAAAUAGGCACAACAACAAUAAAUACGUGUCUCUGGACAUGAGAUCUAUCAACAAUCUUCCGCAUCCUAGUCCACACUCCAAUAGUCACAUUUUUGGCAACAGUACACCUUACACGUGUUCCUGUACGUGCGCGGCUUCGCAUAUCCCGCCGCCGCCGUCGGCACCGUUCUCACAAACUGAUAGUCAGGACGGGCCCGAGAGUCUCUCGUGGAGAAGACUUCACAUGAGCAGAGCGAAGCUGAAAGCAACUGCAACCACAUCUGAACUUCUUAGUGGUUUUGCAAUGGUGGCGAUGGUGGAACUGCAAAUAAAUGAACCAACAGCGGUGCCGGAAUGGCUAUUUGUAAUGUUCGCCGUCUGUACUACCUUUUUGGUAUCGGUGCACAUCUUUGCGUUAAUGAUCAGCACAUAUCUUUUACCCAAUAUCGAAGCCAUAAGUAAGCUCCAAGUCUCGCGACUCAUAACAGAGUCGCCCCACGAAAGGAUGCGCGGUUUCAUCGAAUUGGCUUGGGCAUUUUCCACGAUACUAGGACUGUUUCUUUUUCUAGUAGAAGUGGCUAUUCUCUGCUGGGUCAAAUUCUGGGACUAUUCUUUUACCGCUGCCACUGCCAGCACCGUGAUAGUUAUUCCUGUGCUCAUAGUAUUCGUUGCUUUCGCUGUUCACUUUUAUCAUUCUUUGGUGGUUUAUAAGUGUGAAAGUGUAGUGUCAGAUAUGAAAGAUUUGGAGAGUAUAAAGAGGAACUUGGACAACGUGACAAUAGGUCAAACUAAUGUAUAAACCCGAGAUGAUAAUAUGACCUGUAAUAUAUACACAAAUGUGAUAAUUCUAAAAAUCUAAAUGAAAGGGAAUGCACUGAAGUUAGGGUAAUAAAUAAAAAUUAUAUAAUUUCUAUUGUGAAUGUGAAAUUAAUUUAUGAUAGGCAGGAAUACUCAGGUUUAAAAUAGGUGCUACUCUUCAAUUUAAAACAUAUCUUUAAUGAGAGUGACAUAAGAAAAAAACGCUAUUGUGGAUUUGUUAUUAAUAACUUUACUUUUCAAACGCGACCAUAUGAAAAUGGUCAGGUUUUAUUAUAUAUAAAAAUGUACAUAGCUGUACACAUGCAAGUCGAGAAUUGCAACAGUACAAGCGAGUGCUCUUUAGUAUAUUACCUAUAUAAUAUCCAGCAUUUAAUAAUAUUUGUGUGUAUACGGUUUAA